AAUUUAAAUUGAAAAAAACAAAAAAAAGGAGGAAAAAUCAAAACUAAAUUGACAUCGAGCAAGACGUUUGCGACCCCAGUUGACAAGAAAAGUUAGGGACUCAAGAUAAAGUUGGUUAUCCAAGAUAUCAAUUAUUGUUCAGCACAAGAAAUGUUAGCAGGGGCUAUGUCUGCCGUGCAUUUGGAGUUGCGUGGUGGCAUAGACGGACUCACUCAUGGUCGUCUGAUUCAUCAACGAUGGCAGAGAACCAGGCAAUCAAUCCGCUGCUCUCCUGUUGGAUAUCAAGAUUUUGAUGGAGUUCGAAUUGUGCUAGUUGCAACAUGCUUUGUGUGUGAAGGCAAUAAUGUUGCGGUGCGGCUUGACCUCUUGGGUUCUCUUGGUCAUUCUUCCCCGCCGGGCCCACGUACCAAUAUCUUAGAUUCUCCACCUUAUGGUCUUCACCACAUCCUCAUUAAGGACUUGUUAGGGGCUAGCUUUCUCUGAGUUUAGCUUUGCAGUUUAAGCUUUCUGUGGAUGAUUAUUGUUAAAAAUAAAUAAAUAAAUAACCAAUGACAUAAGUAGUUCAGUGAUCAUCUUUUUUUACUAAAAAUAAGAUAUUUUGAAUUCG